AUGCCAACUUUAAGUGAAUUUCUUAGAAAAGCACAUGGAGCAUUGAAUAGCUUCCGAGGUCUAAAUAAUACAUUUAUUGGUCAAGAUGGUGAUAUUGUUUAUUCAAAAAAUAAUGUUUGCAUUCAUGAUGUUAGUAAAAGUGAUCAUAAGGAUACCGAUGAUUCCAUAGAGCACAUUCCUGGUUACCUAACUUUACAAUGUCAAAGUGAUGAUAUACUAGGAGUAACACUUAUCUUACAAUGGUUACCUAAUGCAACUCUUGAAAAAAAUCCGAGAAGUAUUCGAAGCGUAUCACAAAAAAACCAAACUGUUGUUGAUAAGCAAACAAAAUUUCGAAAUAUCAAUAAACAGCUACGAAUGUAUGUACAGAGUGUUAGUAAUGGUAAAGAUGAAGAUGAUGAUGAUGAUAGCGAUGAUAACGAUGAUACUGAUAAUAAGAACGAUGAUAAUGACGAUGAAGAUGAUAAUGAUGAUAAAACGGAGACUGAUACAAAUGAUGAGCGUAGUCCAACAAGUGAAAAUGAUAUUAACGUUGAAAUGAAUGGUGAUAUGAUAACAGUAACUUCUAUGAAACGAAGGCCAGAUUUAUUCAUGUCAUCGGAAAAUUCGGAAAAUUUAAAUGUUCCAACAAUCAAUGUGAUACCAAAUACACCGGUUGAUUCUUCUUCAAUUGAUGAAAAGGACACAGACAGCAGUUCAGCAACAACAUCUGGUGCUGAUGAAUUUUCCGAUAGGGAUGAAGAAUUCAUUCACGGCAGUUCAUCAUCCGAUGAUUUUGAAUUUCAAAAUGUAAAUCAAUGUCGAAAGGAAUCAAGUCCAAAAACAUUGCAUUUAAAUAUGCUACAGCAAUAUCGUAAUAAAUGUGAACAUUUAUGCAAAAUAACACCGGAACAAUUUGCAAUAACGCAUAAUUUGAUGUUGAAAAAUGAUAGCCAAUUUGAUGAUAAUGGAACUGUAUCAGUUAAUGGUAGAAGUGUAAUUUUUCAUCAGAAGACACUGUCUGCUUCACUUUUCUCUGUUAAUUUAGGUAAAAUGAGAUCAAUGCGAUUGUUUUUCACAGCAGAUGAUUUAACUUCUGGACAAUUUGUUAUUGCUACAUGGGAUUCACAUUACAAAAUUUUACAUUUCCAUCAUGGCGGAUUGGAUAAAUUAGCGCAAUUACUAGAACAGUGGAGUGUUAUUAAAACAAAAGCUGUUAAAGAUGGUUCACCAUCACCGAUUCCGGAUCGUCAGUUUUUGGUAUGUCAACCAAAAGUAAGUAAAAUGGAACUUGAUCCAGAAGAAGAUUUAUAUGAACGAGUUAGCUGGGAUUUCUGGAAAUCAUACAAAAAUCAAGAUGGUAGCAUCGAUGAUAAUUUCACCAUGAGAAAGGCCAUUUAUUUUGCCACCAUAGAUCCUACACUUCGUAGAGAAAUUUGGCCAUUUUUAUUACGUGUAUAUCCGUGGGCUUCAACGGUCGAACAACGUGAAAUUAUACGAAAUGAUAUCUUCAUUGAAUAUCAAAAGAUAAAAAAGCAAAGAAUGAAAAAUGCACUGAAAACAUCAUGGACUAAUAUAGAAAAUGCUAUAAUUAAAGAUGUUAUUCGUACAGAUCGUUGUAAACCAUAUUUUGCCGGUGAUAAUAAUCCAAAUAUUGAUACAAUGAAGAAUAUUUUAUUAAAUUAUGCAUUUGCAUAUCCUGAAAUCAGUUACAUACAGGGUAUGUCAGAUUUAUUAGCACCUCUUUUGAGUACCAUUCAUGAUGAAUCUGAUACAUAUUGGUGUUUUGUUGGACUUAUGCAGCAGCAAACAUUAUUUGUAUGUACUCCAAUUGAUGGAAGAAAUCUUAUGGAAAUUAAUUUAAAUUAUUUACGCGAAUUAUUGAAAUUAUUUGUACCAGAUUUUUUUAUGCAUAUUGCUAGUUUAGGUUCAGAUGCAUUGGAAUUAAUGUUUGUUCAUCGAUGGAUACUAUUAUGUUAUAAGCGUGAAUUUCCUGAAACUAUUACGAUGCAUAUUUGGGAAGCAUGCUGGUCUCAUUAUCGAACAUCAUAUUUUCAUUUAUUCAUUGCAGUUGCUAUCAUUUCCAUAUAUGGAAAAGAUGUUAUUGAGCAAUGUCUUCCAAAUGAUGAAAUUUUAUUAUAUUUCAGUUCACUUGCUAUGCAUUUAGAUGGUACUAUUAUCUUAAAAAAAGCUCGUGGUUUACUUUAUCAAUUUCAUCAUCUAGAUAAGUUACCGUGUACAUUAGCCGAUCUUUGUGAAACAGAUACAGAGCAAUGGGAUACAAAUAUUCAACAGAGAGUUUAUGAAUGCACUAAAAUUCAUGGUGAAAAAGAGCCAUGUCCAUUUGCGAGAAUUUAA